AUGGGCGAUAGCGGCACCGCCGGCAACACCACCACAGUUUCCUGGGUGCCGGUUCUCGAACAGUUGCGAGGAUUCAACUUCGGCCCCGGUCGCGCUUACAACGUUGCCCAAGGCGGAGCGACCACAUCCUCGGUGCUCUCGUCAGGUCAGCACACCGAGCUGGCCUCCUUAGUCAACGACGGGGAUGUCACGUUCGGGGCACUUCUCAUCGGCACCAACGACUUCGGCGCAAACGGCACGGGAGCCCUCAUCGCUUCAGGCCUACUGACCGGGCAGCCUUUGCAAGACUGGCUCGACCAGCGGGCCAACAACAUCAUCACGGCCACCGACACGGUAUUAUCCGCUGGCCCCGAGGGCUUCUUGUUGUUUGGCGUGGCCGAUGUCACGCUGCUCCCAGGCGGUCGCUCCCUCAUCACCACACCAGAACAAAAGCAACGAGUUGGCGACGCGGUUGAUGAAAUCAAUCGCCAGAUUCGAGGAUACGCUGAAACAUCUGGCAUCGCCUACUUCGACACGGCCGCGGCCAUGCGAGAUCUGCUUGGCGGCACCACCGCCUCGCUCGGCGGAGUUUCGAUCAACCUCACCACAGGGAACAGCGAUCCACACCAUUUCUUCCGCGAUCAGAUCCACCCGAACGUGCUCGGCAAUGGUGUGAUCGCCAACAUGGUGAUCGCUAGCCUCAACGAGGCCUACGGUGCUGGCAUCGCUCCGCUCAGCGACUACGAACUGCUACAAAUGGCUGGGCUGGAAAACGAAUACGUCGAAGAGACCCUUUCUACCGUUGACCUCAGCCCUUACAUCGUGGUUCCCGAGCCCGCCUCUGCAUUGCUACUCCUCUUUGCAGUGCCAGCUUUCGCUGCCGCCGCCAGGUGGACUGCUUUUCUGCUUGGAAUGCUAAUCGCUGCCGCGGCGUGCUGCGCUCGCGGUGAAGAAGCCCCCGGGGAGUUCGACUGGUCGAUCUUCCGCCUGCCGCCCGCCGAUGCCAUCGCCGCUCCUGGAGCCAUCGAUCCACCUGUGGAAGAGCUUCCAGAAGUGCCUGUCGAGGAACCGGAGCCCCCAGCCGAGGAAGAAGCGGUCGAAGAAGUCGAGGGCGACGAUCCUGAACCCGUGCCGGAUGCCGUGUGGUAUCAGCCGAGCACCUGGUUUAUCCCACCGUACUGGGAUGUCGGUUUUCAAUUUGGCCUGAACAAUGCGACGGGCAACACCGAGGCCUCGAGUAUGCAGGUUGGCGGUAACGUCAAACGUAAGACCGAAGAAACAGUCUUCACGCUCAAAAUGCAGUACUCGCAAGGGCGUAACAACGGCGUAGAAAAUGAAAACCAGGCGUUCAUGAUGGGCCGCAACGAGUGGACCUUGGGUGAGUCGCCUUGGAGCCUGUUCGUUACCGGCACCUUGGAAUACGACCAGUUUCGUGCGUUCGACUUGCGUCUCGCGUCCCACGCUGGUCUUAGUUAUCUGUUUUUCGACACUGAACGACUCGAAGUUGCUGGCCGAGUCGGUUCUGGUGUGUCGCGCGAAUACGGCGGCCCCGAUGAUGAGUACAUCCCGGAAGCCAGUUUCGGCGGCGACUUCGAGUGGUGCAUUACUGAGGCACAGAAGUUCAGCACGAAUGUUGAUUACUACCCCGACUGGUCGGACUUUACCGACUACCGUAUCAACACCGAAGCAGGCUGGGAGAUCGCCCUCGAUGGGCCCAUGGAUAUCAGCCUGAAGCUUUCGGUGAUCGAUCGAUACGACAGUACGCCGAAUGGCCGCAAGCACAACGACUUAAGCACCGCCAUGUUGGUGAUCUGGAAGCCGUAA